AUGCCUGCUGUUAGAACUUCUGGUGGUAAUGCCGCUUUCCACAAUUUCGUCAACGAUUUCGCUGAUAUUGAAGACCCUCUAGAGAGAAGAAGGUUGGCUUUGGAGAAGAUAGAUAAUGCCAAGUUCGGGUGGUAUCAUAUUAGAGCCAUCUGUGUUGCUGGUGUUGGUUUCAUGACGGAUUCCUAUGAUCUUUUCUCGAUUAAUUUAUCUGUUCCUAUGCUGGCCCAUGUCUUUUGGAACGGUACCAUUCCUACCUCUACAGAAACGUUAUUAAAGGUUUCCACUUCUGUUGGAACAGUUUUUGGUCAGCUCGGUUUCGGUUGGUUAGCUGAUGUUCUCGGUCGUAAGAAGAUUUAUGGUACCGAAUUGAUUAUUAUGAUUUGUGCCACCAUUUUACAGGUUACUGCAGGUGAAUCUCCAUCUGUUUCUUUCCCUGCUAUCUUGACCUUCUAUAGAAUUAUCAUGGGUAUUGGUAUUGGUGGUGAUUAUCCAUUGUCUUCUAUCAUCACUUCUGAAUUUGCUACUACAAAAUGGAGAGGUGCUAUAAUGGGUGCUGUGUUCGCCAACCAAGGUUGGGGUCAGCUUUUCUCAGGUAUUGUCGCCAUUAUCUGUGUUGCUGCCUAUAAGAAUGAUUUGAUUGGUGCCACCAGCUCUGCUAUGUGCGAUGCUACGUGUAAGAAGGCCUGUGAUGAGAUGUGGAGAAUCCUUAUCGGCUUUGGUGCUCUUCCUGGUUGCAUCGCUCUUUACUUUAGAUUGACCAUUCCUGAAUCUCCUAGAUACACUUUUGAUGUUGCCAAUGAAGCCGAGAAGGCUACUGCCGAUGCUGCUAAGUUUGCUUCUGGUAAGCAUGGUAAUGCUGCUGAAGGUGAUAUCGAGGCUUUGAAGGUUACUGUUUCCGAGAAUGCACCAAAAUACACUCCGCCAACUGCUUCUUUCAAGGACUUUUGGGGACAUUUCGGACAGUGGAGAUACGGUAAGAUUUUGAUCGGUACAGCUGGAUGUUGGUUCAUGUUAGAUAUCUCUUACUAUGGUCUUGGCUUAAAUACUGCCUCCAUUUUGAAGACUAUUGGUUUUGCUUCCUCCUCUAACGUCUACCACUCACUCUUCAAUCAAUCUGCUGGUAACUUGAUUUUGAUUUGCGCUGGUUCCAUUCCGGGUUACUGGUGCUCGGUCGCCACUUUAGAUGUCAUUGGUAGAAAGCCAAUUCAGAUAGGUGGUUUCUUGAUAAUGACUAUUUUGUUUUGUAUCAUCGGUUUCGCUUACAACAAGCUUAGCGACCACGGACUUUUAGCUCUUUACGUUCUUUGUCAGUUCUUCCAGAACUUUGGUCCUAACACUACCACUUUCAUUGUUCCUGGUGAAUGUUAUCCAACCAGAUAUAGAUCUACCGCUCACGGUAUAUCUGCCGCUUCUGGUAAGAUUGGUGCUAUCAUUGCACAGACUUGCAUUGGUACCUUACAGAACCAUAACUGUAAGAAGGAAGGUAAACCAACCAACUGUUGGUUGCCUCACGUUAUGGAGAUUUUCGGCUUAUUUAUGUUGGUUGGUUUCUUCCUUUCGUUUUUGAUUCCAGAGACCAAGAGAAAGACUUUGGAACAGCUAUCAGAGGAGUUGCACGGUGAAAUUGACAUCACUAAGCAAGAAAUUAGAGCUGGCUCUUCUGACGAUACUGGUCUUGAGAAGGUCCAGUAA